GCGGUUUAAUAUUAGUGUCGUGUGACAUUUGCACAAGGCGGUGUAUGCAUAUUUUAUUUAUAAAAUUUCGUAAUCCGUUACGGAUAGCGAAUUGCGAUAUUUCACUCUUCUAACAUCAAGCGAUGAAUUUCCGCGUUGACAAAGGAUCUUUCCUGAACCGAUACGCGGACAAGGAAUUAGCCGCAAAUCCGGAAGAGGAGUGUAAAAAAUCCGAAGACAGCUGCAACGCCGACAGAGAUACGAUCAACGAUCCGCUGGUAAUACCCGGCGAGUGUGGAUCCUGCUUGAAACCUACAACGAAAGAGGAACUUCUGUCGAUGGUGUUGAAGUGCGCGAAUUUUGCCGCCGAGAAGCACAGCAAUCAAAGGAGAAAAGACGCCGCUGAAACACCGUACAUAAAUCAUCCCUUGGGGGUCGCGAAUAUUCUGGCAAACGAGGGAAGCGUCUACGAUCCGAUCGUGAUACUCGCAGCUUUGCUUCACGACACGGUCGAAGACACGGAAACUUCGUUCGAAGAGAUAGAGAAAGAGUUCGGGGAAACGGUGCGGAAAGUUGUCGCCGAGGUGACGGACGACAAAAGUCUUCCCAAGGCGGAGAGGAAACGUUUGCAAAUUGAAAACGCAACGAGCCGAAGCGACCGAGCCAAACUGGUCACGUUGGCCGAUAAGAUUUACAACUUGCGCGAUAUUCAGAAGAGUCCGCCACUAGGAUGGAGCGAUAUAAGAGUCAGGGAAUACUUUCAGGUGCAGCCUAGAAUCCAGUCGGAAUUGCAAUUUUGUCGAUACGACUCUUUUCCUCUUUCGAAUCGAUGGGAGGGGAGGUUUCACGUCAAGUGUAAUCUAAAUCCAGAAAUUCGACCAGAUUCUGUAGUAGCUUCGUCCGCCAUUUUGAAUUCAUGGGGGUAUUUGUUUUUGUCAAAUAACUCGCCCAUUUUCAACGUUUGACUAAAAAUUUGUUGUCUACGAUCGAUACUUUCCGACUUGUUAAACCAUAAAUUAUAGAUGGCGGCCUAAACUACUGCAAAAUCUUGUCGAAAUUCUGACCAUCGACUAUCAAUGACGCUUCCCACCUAACAAUUAGAGAAAGGCAAUAGUGGUGUAGAAAAAUUGCAGUUUCAGGUAUCUUUUUUCUACAUAGCGACUGAGCUAUUAUAAACAUAUUUUAUAAAUUUGGGAAUCGACACCAUUUGCUUUACGUAAAUAUUACCCUACUGGUUCUAUCCGUGCAAAUUUUUAACGAUCAUUUUCUCGUGUGCAUGUAGCUUUUUCUUUUUAUCGUGGUCUUGUGAUCUUUUUGUAACCCAUAUUCUUGU